GGUUCUGCUCACGCAUGGCCAUGUCAGCGCCGGAUACAUCUUUCUACACAAUCUCACAUAAAUACGUAGAACACUCCACAAUCAUCUACGAGACGCCCUUUUCCCCAACCGCCCGCAACGCACUGCCAGCAUGUUUUUCGAACCACCCGAAACCCCAUCUCGUAACCUCCUGCCCCGUCGAUAAACCACGAAGUCGGCAAUCCCACAUUCGAUAUCCCCACCCAAGUCGAUUCUCCUCACGUCCGCGUCUUAUUCAGCCCAUACCUCGCCAAAUGCACCACCCCCGUACACUAGAACAUGAUUUGAAUCAUAAUCCUCAGAGGCAUCUAGGAAGCGUUUAUACGUUUUCGCCUCCGUUUUCACACACUGCCUUCAUACGUUCCACAAUUGCCAUGCCGGUAGCGCAUACACAGUGGAGAAUCGCUGCGUGUAACUUGUCUGCCUACACAUUGUGUAUCCCUCCACAUCCCUGGUCAUAAGACUCCCUGACCGAUUUUCGAUAGAGCUUUUCUGCGCUCCACUCUGAUUCUGUACACUUAGACUCGUUUGG